CUACAGUGUAAAUGGUUGUAGCUGCAUGACUCAGUUCAGGAACUUCAAAUAAGAUACAAAUCUGAAAAUAUAAAAACACGAAAACGCUCGCUCGCUGUCAAUGAAAGUAAUGAGGUCAUGCUUCAACACCAUCAGCAAACAUCAGCAGCAGCCUGCCAGAGACUCUACAAAACCACAGAAAGAAGAUUAUGUAAAAGGUUUUUACUUUUUUUUGUUAGCAGAUUAUCGUUUAUAUCUGUGUUAUUACAAUCUUUUCGCUCUCCAUGGACUACGUCAGUGUCUCCUUGGGAAAAUGCAGUCAACGUACGCUCAGAGAGAGGCGGGAUGAAGGAACCAGCGUCAGAGUUUCUGAGAAACGUUCAUGUGACGGGGAUUAUCAAAGGCCGGAUGACACUGGCUCUGGUGAUUUCUAAGAAUGGUGCAGACACAAGGACAUCUUCUCAAUCUUUAAAUGAUUCCAGCACAGUGAAAAUCUGGUGACAUGCUGCAUUUUUCUCUCAUUAAAACGUCCCGUGCACACUUGAAGCACCACUGAUACAGCUCCUCACUAGGGACGGUGCCAUAAUGGCAUAAACGGUAGUAACCAGACCGAAAAGCAGCGCACAUUUCGGUUUUUUCCUGCGAUGUCAUACACUUUGGAUUCUAGCCAAUCAUUUUACCUUUCCAAGGAUAGUAGGCGGGCCCAGGUACGUACGUUCUUUAGAGCAGAGCUACAGAUUAAAAAUGCCCAAGGCGAAGCGGUCAAAAGUCUGGCUGUACUUCACAGCAAAAGAUGCAAACAGCAGCCUGCAACAAGUGCUUUAAGCUGAUACUGUGCAAAGGAGGUAACACCUCGGAUCUGAUGAAACACCUGGUGACGCAUAGCGUUUUUUUAAAAGCCGAGAAAUGCGCCGUGUUUGAUAGCUUGCUGCGAGACCUCACACCGAGCACAUCUACUGCGGGUGUGGUGCCUGUUAUCGGACCCGGAGUUAGCAACAUCCCCCAAAAACCCGAAGAGGAGAGUCCUGGCCCCUAGCCCUGCCAGUGUAGCAGAAAUGAUGAGGAUGAUGAUGGCAGCAGCAGCCGUUCUUCUCUGCGUUUGCAGCCACCAUCAUGUCAGAGUCCGGACGAAAUGCAGACGAUGCGAGGGCCGCCUUUCAGUCCUGCAAAAGUUCUGACCCGUCAGCUGUCUGUCUGAUCACUUCACUGGGAAUCCUGAAAAAGCUCUGGUUCUGGAUGUCGCCUGCGGGUCCGGAUGGGUUGCUAGACUGAUGUUCGAGCUGGGCUUCAGGCACUUUGUGGGAGUGGACGGCAGCGAGGGCAUGCUGGAGAAAGCUGAAAAGACCGGCCUCUAUCAGGACCUCAAACUGGUCUUACUGGGUCCACAACCGCUACCUGUACAGACUGAUGUGUUUGAUGUGGUGACCAUUGUUGGUGCUCUGGAUGCUGGUUUUGUUCCAGUCAGUGCUGUCAGGGAGCUGUGCCGGGCCGCCAAACCAGGAGGCUUUGUCUGUAUGGUGAGAGGGAACCACAGAGGAGCACCGGCAGCGAGUUACAAGAAGGACCUGGAGACAGAGCUGCAACGGAUGGAGGAGGAGGGACUGUGGAGUCGAGGAGCAAUCCAGGAGGUGGACAGAUACAUGGAAGACCCGCAUCUGAAAAUCGAGAGAGAUGGAAAGACCGAGCAGGAGGUUGCCUACAUCAGCGGGAAUGUUUAUUUCUACAAGAAAUCAGUCAGUCCAUAGGGGCAUGUGGUGCAGCUGAGUGGGAGGGGGGGAGCAGUGGGUUCAGGGUGUGCUG